AUGAGUGAAGAGAAAAGUCUAGCAUCUGCAUCCAAAUCAAUCACAAAGAAACCCUGCUCUUGGAAAUAAAUGUUCCGAAAGAAGAAUUAAGAAGAGCAGAAGAAGAGGGAAGAAUUAAGAAAGUUAGGAGAAGAAAUAGCAAAAACUGAAGAGUUCCUCCAAAAUGCUUGGGCUCUAGUUGCUAAAGUCAUAAAUAACAAAUCUCUUCUAAACUAAUUGAAGUGA